GUUUUUUUGGGUGAGUUUUUGUGGCUAUAAUGAGUGAAAGGAGUCGAACAGGUUGUAGGACGAGAAGAGUGGAUUAAUGCCUAGAGGGUUAAAAAAAAAGGAAGCGGUGGCAGGAAGAAGACGCGUUAACGUGUCAGAGCUGCUGUGGAUGUAUACACAAGUUGGAGGACUGGUGGUGUUUUCCCAAAUAAAAGUAGUGAGUAAGUCGAAGUCUGGCUAGCUAGCUAGCUAGCUGCUUGAAAUAAAAUACGAAGGAAACUUGUGAGAGCAUUAGAGUUUCGGCUUGUCUCUCAAUGUGUCAUCGUUAGUGUGAACUAAUAUUUAGAAAAGCACUGAGCAGGUUGAAUUCACGGGGUGGUACGAACACACACACACACACACACACACACACUGGUCAACUGACUGGAUGAAGCAGAGACGGGGCUGUGUUCAGUGCACGAGGUGACCCAGAGUCCUGCGUCCACUUAACCCGGGAGCAUGCUGCGACUAGAAGACGUGGCUAACGUGGUGCUCAGGGUUCCCAGUCUCUUAGUCCUGGACCUGCUCUACAAAUGCGACAUCGAGAGCUUCACCCACCAUCUCAGGGCGAGCAGCGAAGACAUGCUCUUCAAAUACAAAUACGUGCUCUGGAACAUUUACUACUUAGGUCACUUAGUUAGCACAAUAGUGCUGUUAUUGCCUCUCGGUCACAUUGUCCAACUUUACCUGCAUGUCCUGACUGCUCUUCUGCUCUACAUGGGCCAUCAGAUGUCCAGGGAUUAUGUUGUCGGAGAGAGUCAAUAUGGGUAUGACGGAACACUCUUUCUGCAUCCACCAGCGCUGAACCGUUUUGUGAGGGCACUUACAAGUCAAAUAAUUGUUGCCACUCUGUGUGCAUUCCUUAUGCGCACUCGUCGUGUAUGGUUGUUCUCUGCACACUUGCUCCCACUGGUUGGACGGAUGUGUUUAUUUUCUCAAGAUAACGUCAUGACCCUCACUACUAUUUCCAUGGGGAUAACUGCAGCAGAGGUUGCCAUCUUCCUCCUCAUGAAUCUCUUUGUCCCAUAUAGACUAGCCAGAGCCACAUAUCAGCAAAUAGCACAAACAGAGGUGACUGAUUUGUACCGGUUGUUGGCAGUAGGCAUGUCUCUCUGGCAUCAUUUUGCUGUGCCCGUAUUAUUCAGUGCUUUUUGGUUUGUAUUGUUUGGAGUUCAUCUUGUCUCCAAUGUUGGCAGCUCCACUGCCACCCAAGAGGGGCUGCUACUCUACUUUAUCACCAGUGUGUCUGAGUGCUGUGCUAGUCCUUGCUCUCUACUGGGUUUGACAUUUGUGGUUUCUUAUUUGGCACUGGGCCUACUGAAUCUCUGCAAGUUCUGCUUGGGAGGAUACACAGCACUGCAAAAUCACAAUGUCAUGCACAGGGGUGUGACAGAGGGUGUGACUCUGUUGUUGUUGGCCCUGCAGACCGGUUUGUUGGACUUGCCAGCCCUGCAACGCUGCUUCCUCCUCUUCAUUAUCCUCUUUAUCGUUCUCACUUCCACACUGCAGAGCAUGAGUGAGAUAACUGAGCCCAUUGUGUUAGGACUUGGAGCCAGCAGAAACAGGUCUGUCUGGAAACACGUGCGGGGGCUCAGCAUGUGUGUGUUUCUGCUGCUUUUUCCUGGCUUCAUGGCCUAUAAGAUAUCCCAAUUUUUCCACAUGGACUUCUGGCUUCUCAUCCUGGUUUCCAGCUGCAUGCUUACAUCACUGCAGGUGACAGGAACACUUUUAAUCUACUGCCUGUUCAUGGUGGAGGUGUGGCGUGGUGCAGCCCUCCCGAGCCUCGACGAGGUGGUGUAUUACGUGAAUGCUGUGUGUCGGGCCCUGGAGUUUGCUGUGGCUCUGUGUGUUGUAGCCUAUGGGGUAUGGGAGUCACUGUGGGGUGAGUGGAGUUGGAUUGGGGCAUCCGUUAUCAUCAUCCACUCCUACUGCAAUGUGUGGCUACGUGCCCAGGCUGGAUGGAAGAGCUUCUUGCUUCGGCAGGAAGCUGCGCGCAAGAUCAACUCACUCCCACGGGCAAGUGCUGAACAGCUGCAUGACCACGGUGAUGUCUGUGCCAUCUGUUUUCAGGAUAUGACAUCUGCUGUUAUAACCUACUGUGGUCAUUUUUUCCAUGGAAACUGUCUUCGAAAGUGGUUAUAUGUUCAGGAAACCUGCCCCAUGUGUCAUACUGCAAUCAAACCGUCCACAUCCAUCCCAAAACCUGCUGCUGGUGAUGCCCAACCAAGCCCAGUACAGACCCAACCCUACCCACCACAGCAAGAGCCUGCUGCUGAACACAUUAAUGUUCAACAAGUGGAGCAAGUUCCAGUGGAAGAUGGAGUUCAUUUAUCAGAUAAGAAGUCAGAGUCUGAAGCACCAUUAGGAAGAAAUGGUCUACAAAAUUUUAACUGUGGGGCAGAUGGAGACACUGCAGGCCCUGACUGCUCAUUAGAAAGACAUUCCUGCAAUGAGAGAGACGGGGAAUCUGAGCAGAGGACUAACCAACUCAGAGAAGGAAAUUAAGCUAAGGACUAAGAUAGAGAACCAUGACUGUGCCACUUGUUUCUGUUUACAGUGGUGGAUAAGGAGCCAAUAAAAAAGAAGGAAAAGUGGAUUGUUGGAAGACAACAGGGAGCCAGUAGCACACUGCCUCUCUGCAAUCUGAUCAAUGAAGACUAUACCUCAGUUUUCUGGUGGAAUGAAGCUUCCUCUAAUUCUCUUAAACAUGUGCUGGUGUCCUCUCAUCACAGCACUUCGUCAAGCAAUACAAAAUGUGUAAUGUUUGCUAUGGCUACGUUUCUGUUGAAAUGUUUAAAAUGCUUAUGCUGUUGUGAGGAGGUCCUGAAAGGUGAAAGUGAGAUUAUUUGCUUUUUUUAAAGCAAUGUAUAAGUGAAGCAUUUAUCUUUACUUGCUUUAAAGAAAUUCCUUAAUUUCCAUUUUAAAACAAGUCAUAAAUUGCACAUGUCGCAUUCUGAUAAUCAUGUGAAGAGAUAAGCUCGGCAAAGAGCUCUUGUGUAUCUGACAGUGCCUCAUCACAGUUGUUUCACUCAGCCAUAAUUUUCACCAUUGCACUUUGUCCAAAUUAAAUAUAUUUUUCUGUUGAUGAAA